AUGGUGGACGCUAAUCUAAACGUUGAUGAUGCUUGUGUCGUAGCUUACAACCGCUUGAAGUUGACCAAAGAUAUCAAGUUUGUCACCUAUAAGGUCGAAGGUCAAUCCAACGUCAUUGUUGAGAGGGUUGGAGAAUUGGAAUCAACUUAUCAAGACUUUGUCCACAGCCUCCCACAAAAUGAGCCUCGCUUUGCUGUCUAUGACUUUGAUUAUACUGCAGACGAUGGAAUUACAUCAAAGAAAAUUGUUUUUAUUCAUUGGUCACCUGAUAAUUCCACAGUCAAAAAUAAGAUGAUUUACGCUUCAUCAAAAGAAAACUUGAAAAGAAGAUUUGCAGGAAUUCAUAGAGAAGUACAAGCUUGUUCAUUAGCUGAAGUGGAGCAAAGAGAAAUCGCCCAAGCACUUAGAUAA